AUGGAAAAUGGGAAACAGGUUAAUGAAAGUUGGGUCAGUGGCUGUGACCUUUGCACGUGCCAGUCAGAGUCAAACCUUUCACCAACAGUCAUCUGCAAACAGUUGCCCUGUCCAAUUGAACCCCCAGUCACAUGUGAUCAGGUUGGCCAGGUUACAGUGACUGAAACAGUGGGAUGUUGUACACAAGACAAAUGUGCAUGUGAUGUCACCAGUUGUCCAAGCCAGAAGCACUCUUGUCCAGUUGGCUACAGUCAAGAGACUGAAAUGGGAGUGUGUUGCCCUAAGCAUACCUGUGUUCCUAACCCUGUUUGUGUAUUCAACAACACCGAAUACUUGCCAGGCAACAGUGUGCCCAUGAGAUACUGUGAGAAUUGUGUGUGUAGUGAUAAACUGGAAAACGAUGGCAAGCUUCAUGCGAUUGGAUGUGAGCCUAUCCAGUGUGACACUUACUGUCCACAGGGCUUUGAGCUACAGGAAAUACCUGGACAGUGCUGUGGGAAGUGCGUGCAGACCAGUUGUGUGGGCGUAUAUUCAGGAAACCUCACACACACUAUUCCAGUUAAUGGUAUCUGGACUCCACCUGGCAACAAGUGUGUGAAGUUUGAGUGUUUGAAGAUCGGAACCCAGUUCAUCACAAUUGAGGCCAGAACAGUCUGUCCUCUCUACAACCCUCAAGAUUGUAUUCCUGGAACAGAGGUCCUUGCUCCUGAUGGUUGCUGCCAUACAUGUAUAAGAAAAUGCAACGUGACAAAGGAAUCCACAUACCUGCAGCAUAACGGCUGCACAUCCUCUAAGAAGGUUGACAUGUCCACUUGUCAAGGUCUUUGUCAGACGUCCUCCUGGUUCUCUUCGAAGACAAGAAUGAUUGAGCGCUCCUGUUCCUGUUGCCAGGAGAUUAACAGUAGCAAGAAGGAAGUCGAGAUGGUCUGCCCCGAUGGGUCAAAGUUCAAUUAUUCAUAUGACUACAUUGAACUAUGUGGCUGUCUUCAGUCAAAAUGCACCACAGUGGAAAAAGCAGUGAUUAAAAAGCUUAGAAGAAGGCGUUAAUGAGACAGUGCUAGAUCUCACUUCUUAUUACAAAUCACUUUCUCUAUUUAUGUCUCAUUUAAACUGCUAAAAUAAUCUGUAGUUUUUUUUUUGGAAGAAGUAGGUGACUGCUUUUGUAUCUUCCAAAAUGUAAUUUAAAUAAACCUUAGCAUGUAUGCA